AUGCUGGGUGUCUUCCAGAUCGAUAAGGGUCCAGUUUGCAGGGACCUCAUUGUGCUGGGCAACUCUUUGCAAGAAUUGAUCAAGAACUCUGACGAUUACUUCAGCACAAAGCACACUUCCCUGGAGGCCGUCAGACGGGCCUACAAGGAUGCCCAGAAUUGUGCAAGGGACGUGUGCGAAGCCCUGCUGAUGCUGCACAGAAACUCCCUCGUGCACAGAGACCCCAGGUGGGACAACAUUGUGCAGCUGGGGCCAGAUCCGUUCAUGCUCAUCGAUCUGGAGACAUUAGCAGAGGCAGACGCAGCCCUGCCUGAGGAAUUUGAGGGCUUCACAAACUGGGAUGAGCUGAACCUGGAUGAGGGCAAAUAA